AUGCAAACGGCAGCAGGGACAAAGGAUCAAAGCGCGGUAACGAUUUUAAAUGGGUCAGAAAGAAGGUGUCUCCGAUGCGGCCUCAUUAGUGGCACAAACAGCAGCGAGAAUAACCCUCUCCUCACAGUCCCUCUCCUCACGGUCCCUCUGCUCACGGUCCCUCUCCUCACGGUCCCUCUGCUCACGGUCCCUCUAUUCACGGUCCCUCUGCUUACGGUCCCUCUGCUCACGGUCCCUCUGCUCACGGUCCCUCUGCUCACGGUCCCUCUGCUCACGGUCCCUCUGUUCACGGUCCCUCUGCUCACGGUCCCUCUGCUCACGGUCCCUCUGCUCACGGUCCCUCUGCUCACGGUCCCUCUCCUCACGGUCCCUCUCCUCACGGUCCCUCUGCUCACGGUCCCUCUCCUCACGGUCCCUCUGCUCACGGUCCCAUGA